AUGAUGGCCUCGACCGCAACGGCCAAAGUCGGCUCCCGUCUCCCCUUCCCCUACAGGCUCUUCUUCCUCGUCGUCGAGCCCCUAUCGGCCCUGGUAGGCGCCUACUACAGCCACUUUCGUCAGGCAGAGUACCUCGAGCUGCUGGGGUCCCCGCCCCCAUCGUCAUCCGAUGACGUCGCCGCAGCCACAGCCACAGCCACAUCCGUGGCCCUCUCCCAGCUGGCAAACAUGUACCUCUUCUUCGCCCUGAAUGAGGCCCUCGUUCUCCGCUCCACGACAGACAUGCGUGUCUGGACCGUCGUCCUGACCGUCCUGCUGCUCGCCGACCUGGGCCACCUCUACUCUCUGCGUGAGCUGGGCCCCCGCGUGUACUACGACGUCAUGUCAUGGAAUGCGGCCGACCUGGGAAAUGUCCCCUGGGUGUAUAUGGGUGCUACUAUGCGGCUCUGCUUUCUUCUCGGUGUCGGUAUGGGCAGCAGCAGCAGCGGCAGCAGCAGCAACAACAACAAUAACAACAACAAGAAGAAACAAUGA